AGCAGUUCCUGCCUUCUCUACCAUGCCCAGCCCUUAGCAGCUCAUGGCUGUGACCACACAAGCCAGUGGUCAGAUGCAACGUCCUGCUCAUAACUGUGCCCGUUGUUGCCGAAAGUGGAGUGAAACUCAGGAGCUGAAAAACAGGGUCACAGUGAGAAAAUGGGGAAUUCUCUACUGAGAGAACUCAAUUGCCUGAGAAACAAUCAAAAGAAGCACAAGAAAGUAAACCAACAUGUGGAAAGAAAAUGGCAGGAAAUGGCUACAUUUGAGAGAGAAAAUCCAGUUCAAGAUAAGAAAAGCAAAGAAGUUUUAUCUGCCUCUAAUCAGGAACAUGAGAAUGGCAGUGGUUCUGAGGAAGUGUGCUACACUGUCAUUAGUCACAGUUCCUAUCGGAGGCCCUCCCUGAGCUCCAACGAUGAUGGUUAUGAGAAUAUCGACUCCACCACAAAGACAGUGAAGCCAUUUAGAAAUGGGCCCGAAACAGAAUAUGCCCUUCUCAGGAUGACUUGUGCUACUAGGCCUUCUUCCUGUACCGCUGACCAUGAUUAUGAACUUGUGCUUCCCCACUAGAAAUCUCAUGCUUCCACUAAAAAAGAUGAUACAAACUAGUAGCCUCCAAAGGAGUGUUUCUGCAUCUCUGAAACAUGACAUCUUUGUGGUUUGGGUUAAGCCAUAUAAAUUGACAUAAGGUUAUAGAGUAUUUGACAUUUCUUUGUAAAGUUUGAGGACAUGGAAAUGCUGGAAUCUUCCUAGGGCAUUGAACAUCCAUCAAUAUAUGACCUAACAUCCAAUUCCAACACUGCUCUACAAAUUUCAAAUGACAAAAUUUCCACUCAUAAUCUAUUUCAUUUUUGAGGUAUAAUCUACUCAA